AUGAAAGCGUUGAAUUUUUUUAGUCUCAAGUCUUUUGAACUCCAGGAUGUGCAGAGUGGACUACAGGCUGACGUCAUCAGCGUGCGCCCGGAACAGCAGCAGGACCCUCCAGGACCCACAGCGGCGCCAUGCACUAACAAAGAGUCCGAGUCGCCUCACCAACCCUCUGCCGGUCCCACGGAGCCGCGCGGCCAUGGAGGCUCCGGCGGAGGCCGCGGAGGAGGCGACACAUCCCGGCAAACGGAGACACGACGAGCCGGAGGAGCAGGAGACGAGCGGCCGGGGGAAGAGGCGGAGAGGCGCCGGGGGGAAGAAGCUCCCUCCAGGGGAGAGAUACGUCCCCCCGCCGCAGAAACGGAACCCGGGGGUCAGCUUCAGCCAGGAGCACUUCGACGAGACCUCCUACUACUUCGAGGGGGGGCUCCGCAAGGUGCACCCCUACUACUUUGACUUCAAAACCUACUGCAAAGGGCGCUGGGUCGGGAAGAGCCUGCUGGAGGUGUUCGAGAGCGAGUUCAGGGCGGAGUCCAUCGAGUAUUACCGGAAGGCCGCCGGGGAGGGUCGAAUCCGGCUGAACGAGGCGCCCGUGGAGGACCUGUCUGUGGUGCUGAGGGUCAGUGAACGCAUCAUCCAGAGUCUGGUAGUGGAGGACCUGUCAGUGGUGCUGAGGAAUAACGACCACUUGAGGAACACCGUGCACCGCCACGAGCCGCCUGUGGUGGGCCGCCCGCUGGAGGUUCUGGUGGAUGACGGGGAGGUGCUGGUGGUGGACAAGCCGGCCUCCAUCCCCGUCCACCCCUGUGGCCGUUUCCGCCACAACACGGUGAUCUUCAUCCUGGGGAAGGAGCGCGGCAUCUCCGAGCUUCACACGGUCCACAGGCUGGACAGACUCACCUCGGGGGUGCUGCUGUUCGCACGGACGCUGGAGACGUCCAAGAAGCUGGACCAGAUGGUGAGAGACAGGCUGCUUGAGAAGGAGUACGUGUGUCGGGUGGAGGGGGAGUUUCCCGAGGGCGAGCUGGUCUGCGAGGAGCCCAUCCUGGUGGUUUCCUUUAAAAUCGGCCUCUGCCGAGUGGACCCUAAAGGGAAGGAGAGCAGGACCGUGUUCCAGAGGCUCAGCUUCAACGGGAGGACCAGCGUGGUGCGCUGCCUGCCCCUCACCGGCCGAACUCACCAGAUCAGGGUCCACCUUCAGUACCUGGGCUUCCCCAUCCUCAACGACCCCAUCUACGGCUCCUCGGCCUGGGGUCCUCACAGGGGCAAAGGGGGCCUGGUGGGGAAGACCGACGAGGAGCUGCUGCAGGCUCUGGUGGAGGAAAACCGCAGUCAGGAAAACCCUCUCCUGCUGGACGUCGACGACUGCGUCAGAGUCUCCCAGGAGGCGGAACUCAACCGGAGAGCGGACACAUCAGGUGGAGGCUCCGAUAACUGUGAGCGUCUCCAGAAAGCAGAGGACGGGGACAGAGUCUCCCCGUCCAGGGACGGUGUGGACCCUCCCUCAGCCGCGUCCAAUGGGGGUCCAGCUCAGGACGCCGCCGCCAGCCGUAGAGACCACCUGUGCAGUGAGUGUAAGCUGGUGCGAGCCGACCCCACAGAGCGGGAGCUGGUCAUGUUCCUGCACGCGUUACGCUACAAAGGCCCGGACUUCGAAUAUUCAACACGGCUGCCUGACUGGGCCAAGGAGGACUGGGUGGAGGCGGACUGGAGCUGAAGCCUUCAGAGGCUUUGUCUGGUUUUUUGACGGAGUGUUUCUGUCUGGACUGAACUGAACAGGCCAUCGUUUACGUUCUGUAUGGGACGGCGUCGGCUCGCCUUGUGAGCCUACCUUUUCUUUUUAAACCCGCUCUGAUGUGUAGCUGUGGCUUUAAAUGACUCGAUGCACCAUCCUGUGGUGGAAACCGGUAUUGCAAUAAUGAAGUUGACAUAACUUGCUGGCUUCGGUUCGGUAGAUAUAUCAAAAACCUCAUGAAAAAGGCAUCUUGGUAGUUUCGCCUAAUUCUGCUGAUUAUUUUCAGAUAUAUUUAUUUACAUUGAAAUAUUAAAUGCGCUGGUGAAAAGAUGAAAUUUGAGUCCUUUACUGCUUUACUUUGGCAACUAUUUCAAUCCCCAUCUUGUAUUUUAAGUUUGUCUGGAUACCAGAAAAUUUAAUGACACAAGUUCAGAAUGAAUAAAGAGGCAGU